AUGGAUCUCCUUCACAGCAAUGGAGUGCUUAUCAUUCAGCAUUUACAGAGGGACUACAGGGCUUACCAGGAUUUCCUUAAUUUUAUGUCACAUGUUGGUGAUCCUCGGAAUAUAUUUUCAAUUUAUUUUCCUCUUUGGUUUCAGCUCAACCAAGUGGUUGGUACUAAAAUGAUAUGGGUGGCUGUCAUUGGUGACUGGUUCAACCUCAUAUUUAAAUGGAUUUUAUUUGGCCAUCGCCCUUACUGGUGGGUGCAAGAAACAAUGAUUUAUCCUAAUCAGUCAAGCCCAUGCCUUGAACAGUUUCCUAUAACAUGUGAAACUGGACCAGGAAGCCCAUCUGGACAUGCCAUGGGAUCAUCCUGUGUUUGGUAUGUAAUGGUCACAGCAGCACUUAGCUACACAGUUAGAUGGAAAGAUAAAUCAGCUGUUACCCUUCACAGACUAACAUGGUCAUUCCUCUGGAGUAUUUUUUGGAUUAUCCAGAUCAGUGUGUGCAUCUCAAGAGUAUUCAUAGCAACACAUUUCCCUCAUCAAGUUGUUCUUGGAGUAUUUGCUGGCAUUCUUGUGGCAGAAGCAUUUGAACAUACCCCUGAAAUUCAGACAGCAAGCUUGAGAAUGUACAUCAAGACAAACUUGUUUCUUUUCCUCUUUGCCCUUGGCUUUUAUCUGUCCCUCAAGCUUCUUGAUAUUGACUUGCUAUGGUCUGUUCCAAAGGCCAAGAAGUGGUGUGCCAACCCAGACUGGAUAAACAUUGACACAACUCCAUUUGCUGGACUGGUGAGGAAUUUAGGUGCACUCUUUGGUUUAGGUCUUGGACUUAAUUCUGAAAUGUUCAUCACGAGCUGCAAAGGUAAAAAUAGCUGCAAGAUAAGUUUCCGCAUAUUGUGUAUAGCUGCUUCUUUAGCUACCCUGCAGCUGUAUAAUUUUGUUAAGAUACCUACUCAUACUGAGUAUUUGUUCUACAUUCUCUCUUUCUGUAAGAGCGCAGCUAUGCCUCUCACUGUAGUUGCCUUGGUUCCGUACUGUGUCCACUCGUUAAUGAGGACAACUGAAAAGAAACUUAAUUAGGUAAAGUUUCAAAAUGGUUAGCAAUGUGGGGAUGGAUGUGAACUGUUUGAGAACCCUCUGCAAAGGCAGUUUUGCUAAUUCAUUUAAACCAAGGGGAUGCCACUGCAUCUUUCAUGUAUUCCUGGUAAGUAACCAGUACAUCCAAAAUCAGUACACUCAAGCAGCUGAGAAAUAUUAGCUGCUGAUUUUAUUCCUAGAAAUAUUGCAAGCACACUGCAGUAUGGUUAGAAAUGGCCCAAUACUCUGGGUCAUAAUGAAGUUUUAAAGUAUAACCAACCAUCUUUAUUUAGCUAUAUGGUGGUCUUUCAGUUCUGUCCAUCUCUAGCUAGAUAAUGCUUCAAGCAUCAGCUGUACAUAGUGAUACUCGAUGUUUCAUUUUUUUAUAAAUAGAUACUGUGUGUUAUACUGCUCCAUAAUGGUGUGACAGUAUCACACCACCUAUUGUAGGCUGUACCCAGGCACUGUGAAAAAGGCCAGCAUAGUUAUAAACAAGGCUUUAGAUUUAAUUUAUUGAGCUUCCUGAGCAAACCAGCUUCUGAGUAAGUCAGAUGAGAAAAAAAAAGUUUAUUUCCAUUGGACUCUGUAGAAUAUAUUUUUGCAUUACUGUGUGUUUUUUGUCAUUUUUACUUUUUGGAAGGGGUCACGUGAAUCAUGAAUAAUACAGAUCACAACUUCGAAUGGGGGAAUGCUUAAAUAUGGUGUAAAAAAUCUUUGGUUUCUGUACAUCUACACAGAGCAACAAAAGAAAAAAGGUGUCAAUAAUGAAAUUAUCUCAGUAUAUGACCUCAAGAAUGUUGUUCCUGCUCCUGUAUUGCAAAGUUAAUUCCCUGCUAAUUCUCUCAGAUCAACAGUCACAAGCCUGAAUCACUGUUAGCAGUUGUGUAAAUCAUGAAAAUAUGGUUGCAGACUGUCACUUCAAGUUUCUAUUCUUUGUUUAACUAAGCACACAAGUAACUAAUAUGUUGAAUAUAUGUUUGCUAUAUAAAAUGGAUUU